AUGCGACCGUUUGCUGCUCUUAUCGAUAAUCGAAGUUUAAGGCACCGGCUAUUAAAAAAGCUAAAAAACGAAGAGAACACAGAGCGAAGGUUUAAUGUUACUAAAUUUCCACCGUUCGGUAUCCCCAAACAUGCUUUGACACGAACUCUGGAGAUUGUUAACGAUCCUAAUGAUGAGUUUUGGCUAAAUAAAAACUCAUCGUGUGCGCCGCCAAUUAAUGAUAUUGUUUAUGGCGGUGGUGUCCAGCGAUCGGAAACAUAUAUUAAGUUGAAUUUGGCACGUAAAUGUUUGUUGACGCGUGAUUUUCAUAACUUGGCUAAAUUGUUGACAUCGAACAUCAUCGGCGACACUGUGAUGCAGAAGUCCUCGUUUCCCAUUUUUACAGAUUAUGCAUCAAUCCUACUCACACUAAAGGAUCCCGAACUUUUGCAGAAACUUAAAGCGACGAUAUCGAACUCUACUCAAAGUGCCAAUAAAUCUUUGCAAUUGAAUUCUACGUCUACAGAAAAAGAUAAUACAAAAACAUAAUACUUUAAGACAUUUCCUUUGACGAAAGCCAGUCUUUAUUAAAAUUUCGACUAUCCCAUAUAGAAUUAAUGCAUUAAGAUCUAAGAAACUACAAAUAUAGACACUGCUUUACUAUUUAAGAAAAUAUAAGUACAAAUAAACAGCAGACCCACGAUCCUCGUCGCAAUUUGUAAUUUCUCUACCAUAUGAGGUUUUGGCUACUUUUACUAUUCUUCAAAGCCCUAUUUCGCGAACGGCUUCCAAUUUUAAUCGCCUCGACAUUUAACUUGAUUUAAAAAUAAUGCGCAAACAUAAAUAUAUAAUUUUUCAAGUCCACGGAACUUGUUGCCUAUUUUCUUUGUGUACUUUUGGCCAUUUACUUUGCUUUUUAAAAGUCUAGCCACAUAAUCUAGCUAUCCAUAAAAAAAAAUAUGCAACUUGGUUCGUGCGCUGUGGGAAUAACCGCAUUAGCGUAGUUCGCUAAAAUAAAUUCCAUGUUAUAAAAAAAUAACUUAAUUCAUUUCUCUUUUGUUUAAAUCAGGAAGGAUUAAACACAAUUUAAAAAAUACAAAUCUCGCUUCUAUUAGCAUUUUGUAAAACGUUUUGAAACGUAUAACUUUUGAUGAUAAAAAUACACAUUGUUAUUGGUAUCACACAUUUUUAUUUAUUUUCUUUUGAAUUCAACUUGGAUCUAAAGUCCUUCUGACAGUCAUUCCAAUAUCCAAUUUUAUUGCAGCCAAUCGGACGUCUUCUUCAAUGUUUUCGAUUCAUGGUCAAAUCGACGGUGCCUUCGUAAUGUUCAAGAUAUAGAUGCGUAUUUUUAAAUACUAAACAGUUCAAGGUGACACAAUUCAUGAUCAUCAACAACACAAAUCUUGUGAGAAACACAACGAAGAAUAAAUAACAACAAAACACUUUUAUACAAACUUAUUUUUUAUUUGCUUUUAACGAUUUUUUCAUUAAUAUUUGUUUGUUGAAUAAAAUACUUGAUUAAAUGUUUAGAUAUAUCUGCAUGUUUACUUUUCAAAAAAAUCAGAAACUUUGAAAAUCAUGCCAGUGAUGCAAUUGGAGAAUAGUUAUACAUUUUGUUCUGAAUUCUUCACUAUAUAGUGCGUUUAGUGUGUACUGAAGCCUACCUUUAUUCUUUGCCCACUAAUUGGUAAGAUUACAAAAAAAAAUUAAGAGCAUAAUGAAAUAUGAAUACGAAAGAGACUACAAUCAAUCAUAUAUUUAGUAUAAGUCUUCUUCCAUUGAAAAGUCUGAUGUUUCACCAGCAUAAAGAGAGCUGAAAACAGGAAAAAUAAUAAACUUGUUAAUAUAAUGCAAUUGUAAAAUGUGGAGUUCUGAACGUACUUUACGGCUCGGCUGGUGAAAAAAACGAUGCGUUUUAGCUUCUUAUUGUAAAAGAAAUAGUUAAAGGACCAGAGGCAACCAGGUUCGCCAAAUGGAUCCGAGCUAAGAUCCGGAUUAUAGCUAUAUAUGUCGCACUCCGAUAAGUUAACCUCAUCGUCGACAGCAGACCAUAA